AUUCUUCAGAGCCCUUCAAAAAGCUCCCUCUACCGUGGUCUAUAUAAUAUUUUUUUUUGCCCUGUUCUGCCUCUGUUAAUCUUUCCGCCGUUCAGUCUGUCCGUCCGUUUUUGUCUUGGUAUUCUCGAUUCCCAUCCGCCCAGAUUUCUUGUGUUCCCCCGUUUUCUCUCUUGCUCUCUCUCUCCCUCUCUCUUGCUCAUCCUCCCCUUCCUUCCCUUCCUCCCCUUCCUUCCUUUUCCCUUUCGCUUUCCCUUUCCUUCCCUCCUUCCAAUUAUCCUCCACUCUUUCUUCUCCUCCACCUUCUCAUAUCUUCACCGUUUGCGCAACCGUGGAUACAAACUCUCCUUAUCUUCCCCCGAAAGGUUUCUUCUGAUCGUUCUUCGCAAUGCCUGGUGUUGUAAGUUUGCUUCCCUUUAUCCCCUUCCCUCCUCGGAGCUGAGUUCCAAGUACACGCGGCUAAUCCAAUGGUGAUGAGCGGUAGCCCCCAAAUGCUCUGGGCCUUCUCAAGAAACUGGGCCGUUCGCUCUUGGGGCGUAAGAAGAAGGAGAAGAAGACCGAUGCCACGACACAACCACAGGGUACCGCCGCUCCUCCGCCGGCUGCUGUAAAUGCUGUAGCUCCUGUUGUUGCCGUCCCCGUCACUACCACACCGCCGUCCACCGAACCCACUGCUGCUACUACCGAAGGUAUGUCGUGUUUUGCCCUACUCUGCUUGAAAACGCGCAGCGCGAGGGCUAAUUCGAACAGCCCCUAAAGUAGAGGCAUCUGUGGGGGCAACCGCCGAAGCUGAACCAUCCCCGCCUGUACCCGACGCGGGCCCAUCGACGGCUGCCGAACCUGAGGCUGAAACGAAGAAGGAGGGGCCGGAGGAGUCCACGGAACCCAAGGAACCGGAGGAGCCCAAGGAGCCAGAGGCACCCAAGACCGAAGUGGCACCCACUGCUGUCAGGUCGCCAAAUCCGGAGACUGUCGCUCCAGUUUCUGCCGCCCCCGCCCCGGCUCCGGUUGUUGAGCAGAAAUAGUUUGUGUGCUUGUGCGUGCGUCGCUAGUGAUAAAAUGGUCAGAGUGAUCGGAUUUGGGACUCGUCAUUUAUCUUUCCUUUUUUUUCUUCUCAGCCCUUGUGACUUGUCUCCCUUUUCCCUUCAUCUUUCAUUAUUUCCCUUUCUUUUAAAUAUUUCCUGAGUAGUGAUGCCCUCUCACUCAUUUUCCUUUCUGUUUCGUUAAAAAUUGGUGCUCUUUGAAACUGGUUGGGAAUAUCUUUGCGUAAUAAGGGUAAAAUUAAUUAUGAAUGAGAAGUAGUGUUGUAUUUUUGUCUGUUU